AUGAGUGGCAGAGAUCAUUAUAACCCAAGUCCAAAUGGAAGAAAUAUAUCAAAUAUGCAAUCCAAUAAGAAUGUUUCCUUGAAUAUUAUUAAUAGAAAUCCAACCGAGAUUGAUCUCUUAUUCAACUAUCUAAGAAACCCUUCUUCAAUGACUCCAAAAACCAUUUUAGGCUAUAUCGUUCAUUAUUUGCCUACACUAAAAAACGAUAAAAAUGUUUCUCUUUUAAUUUCCUAUCUUUUAAUCUCUCCAGCUUUUUUUUUUAGUAAUAAUAAUAACAAUAAUAUCACAAAAUCCACAAGUAUAGGUCUUAAUGAUUCUUACUUGGUUAUCGAAGCAAUCAAGACCUCAUUUGAAAAGAAAAUCAAAAUCUCUUUGCCAACUUUAUCAAUCAAAAAUUUUUACAACUCGUUUUUAAAAAUUAUACUUCAAUUUCAUAAUCUGAAUAUUAAUCCUCUAGGUCAAAAUUUAAUAAUCUCUGGCAUCUUAUUAGCUGAUAACUCUCUAAUUAAUUAUCGCUUGAAAAUCCCUGAAAAUAUUUUUUUUUUCAAUGAUUUUAACCAAAAGAUUUUACAAAUUUAUUCAAUAAAUUUAAAAAGGUUUUUCAACAAUGAACUGUACAUUUUGUUAAAUUUCAAGUCUCUUGUCUUAAACAAUUUCAAUAAUUCUCCUCUUAAUUAUUUAAACUAUCUAAAUUAUAUAAACAGUAUCGAUAAUAAUAACAUAAAUCAUUUAAAUAGAAAUAAAAAUAAAAAUAAAAAUAUAAAUAUAAAUAUAAAUGACUAUAAAAUUUUUGAAACAAUGUUUAAAGAAAAGUCAUUAAUGGUCAUUUCACUCGCUUGUGUUUUCAAUUAUCUAUUACAACCAAAUGUUCAAAAUACAUCUCAAAUUAUUCACUUUAAAAAAAAUAUCCCCAAUUUAGAAAUCUUAUUGCUAUCAAUUAAUCUACUAUUUAACUCAAAAUAUGGAUUAAGCAAUAUCAAUUUACUCACCAAUAGUAACAACUCAGCUGACAAUAAUCUUGUUUUAAAGCACUUGAACAGGUUAUCCUUUUUAAUUGAAAAUUCAAUUAUAAAUAUUGGAAAAAAUCUUGAUCAGCAAUACAGCAGUUUAUUGUUUAACGCUAAAAACAUCAUAUCGCUAAUUCCAUUGAAUAAUAAACCACUAAUCGCUAAAGAUAACCAAAUCAUUGAAAAUAAAUUGUUAUUAUUAGAUUAUACUUUAACUAAUUUAGUCGACUACUCUAAAAAUUUAAACAACUAUUCAUUAAACUUGUCAGAUUCAGACAAUGAGUUGAACUGGAAUGUGAUAAAAAACACAAUUUUUUCAAUUAUUAUUAUCAAUAAAAGCUUUACUGACUUGUCAUUAUCAACCAACUUUUUCUCAAAUAAUUUCAAAAAUAGUGAAAUUUCGUCAUUUAUUAUAAACUAUUAUUCCAAUAUCUUGAAAAUUUUAUUCUUUUUGAAUUUCAUAUUGAGUAAAAUCGGUACUGGGGGAUUUCAAAGCUAUAAAUUGAUUUACUUAACAUCGAUGAAUAAUUUAAUUGAGUUUGAUUUGAAAACAAACGAUAGAGAGGAAAAUAAAGCAACAAUCCAUGAAAAUUUAAGUGAUUUGUUUUUAAGUUAUAUCCCCAACUAUAAUUCAAAUAAAAGACCGCAAGAGUUGGAUAUUAAUAAUAAGAUUAUCAAGUCAAAUCUAAACUUUUUAUUGAAUUAUUGGGAGUAUUUAGUUCAGCAUUGUUCACAGCAUUAUUUUAACAAUACUAUACUACCGAUUAUAAAUUUUUUUAUAGAGAAACCCAUAGUUGAGAUUAUAAAAGAAGGCCAUAAAGAUUUGCUAGAAAAUUCGCAUUCUGUUAAAUUGUUGUCGUUAGGGGCUAUUAAGGAAGGUGAGAUCAAUUUAAUAAAUUAUUUGGAGAUAAUUUUGGGACAGUUUCCGAUAAUUUUGUCUUUUAAUCAACUAAAUCUAGCGAUAAAAUCAAUUUCAAUAGUUAUUAGAGGAAAUUACGAUGCCCAGGAUUAUCGGCUUAAUCAAACAAUAGAAGAAAUGUUUUUGUCCAAGAUAUAUUUGAAAAUCAACUCAAUCAAAAGUGGAAUCCCAUUAUCAAACCACAAUUUAAAUGACUUUGAUCCACCAUCGACGAAAGCAGCGAUUGCAUGCUGUUUGAUCAACAUUAUUCCAUACACGAAUAGCGAAAUUCUAAUAGACUGGUUAAAUGUGAUAUAUUUCAACAUAAUAUUCAGCCGAAGGAACGCACUAACUGGCAAAGAACAGGACUUUUUGGCUGAUAAACUCUGGGAUAUAAUCAGCGACAACUUGGGGGUCGAGAAGUCGAACAUCGCGAUAAACUGGUGGUACAACAAGGAGAAGAUAGAGACAUCAUUGAUUCCAUCAAAGCUCUAG